CGUUACCGCCCCGUGUUCUGGUCCCUGACGCUUACGCACCCCUCCUGCUGCGACCCCCGGUCCGAGCUUUUACCCCCGGAUCCGCAGCUUUGCGUUGCGGGAGGGUAGCGGGUACGCGUGACUCUCGUCUGCGGUGCAAAGGGUGUGCCUCCAGCAGCUGAGAGUGCGGGACGGGGACGCCCCGGCCUCGGGGUCACUGCUCGCGCUUUCUCUCAGUAGUCGCGAACGCAGAUCGUGCAGGAGGCGCCCUGCGACCGGCUCGAUGAGUGCCAACGAGGACCAGGAGAUGGAACUGGAAGCAUUACGUUCCAUAUAUGAAGGAGAUGAAAGUUUCCGGGAAUUAAGUCCAGUUUCAUUUCAAUAUAGGAUAGGUGAAAAUGGUGAUCCCAAAGCCUUCUUAAUAGAGAUUUCCUGGACAGAAACAUAUCCCCAAACACCUCCAAUUAUAUCUAUGAACGCUUUUUUUAACAACACCAUCUCCUCGGCUGUAAAGCAGAGCAUAUUAGCCAAGUUACAGGAAGCAGUGGAAGUGAAUCUCGGCACUGCUAUGACCUACACGUUAUUUGAGUAUGCGAAGGACAACAAAGAGCAGUUCAUGGAGAAUCACCACCCUGUUAAUUCUACAACAUCCAUAAGCAAUAUCAUCUCAGUUGAAACUCCCAAUAUAGCCCCAUCAAAUAAGAAAAAAGACAAAAAAGAACAACUUUCAAAAGCCCAGAAGCGUAAGCUGGCAGAUAAAACAGACCACAAAGGAGAACUUCCUCGAGGAUGGAACUGGGUUGAUGUGGUGAAGCAUUUAAGCAAAACUGGCUCUAAAGAUGAUGAAUAGUACUUGGAAUUUGAAACAAGGGAAGAACAUCCUUUAAAAAGUAAACUCGGUUCAAAAUCUUUCAUUACUCUUUUAUGGUAUUGAGGUGGCUUUUUAUAAAACAAUUUUUGUAUGUUUCUUAUGUAAAAAAUGUUUUAAGCUGAAAGUUCACGAAGAGAUUUGGUUGUAUUAUUUUCACAAACUUGCCUUAAUAAAAGGUGAAAAUGUUACUGUUUGGUAUACUUUCUGAAACCUGUUGAGCUUUGUCAAUGGACGAAUAAGGAGAAUAAUAAAUAAUCAGUGUUUAAUUUAUAUGUCUCAUUCUAGUGGAUGUGAUUUUUUUUUAAGAAGUAUGAAGCCCUUUUCAAAUUCUAGUCCCAAUGGAGCAGAAUACUGAGUGAACAAUUAUUCUGCAGCAUGAUCCAUAUUAAUAGGCUUCUCGUCUUAAUAAAGUCAUCUCUUCUUUCUCUUAAUUACUGAAGCAUAAAUUGCUUCAGAGAAAUUUAAAUACUAGUAUUUGAACUUUACAUAUAAUAGUCUUUGUUCUUUUUUAUUGUUCAUGGGUGAACUGUUGAAUAAAUGAGUAUCUGUUUAUAUUUUUUUCUUGGUUUGGGUCACCAUGUUUGAUGAUGAAAGCUUUCAGUGGUAUGUGGAAUAGUAGAAUAUAAAAACAAAUCUGCCAAAUACAUUAGAAAGCAUCUGAAGAGAAGUGCUGGUUCCUAUUUAAAACAUUUCUCUUUGCUGCAUAUACCAAGAUGAAAGUAAAAGAUGCCUUAAUAUUUAAUUUUUGUAUUGUUGGAGACAAUGAUUUUUAAUAAAUUUCUAUUUAUC